GAGGUUGUUGGAAGUGGACGGGGAGGGCCAAACCGGUGGAAUGUACUUCGAGAUAGAAAAUUACCAGGAAGUUAACGUCAACGUAAUCGACUGCUGAGCUAACAUUAGUGUCGCGUAAUCGAUAAAGAAGUUCUAAAGACUGAUUACUUAGCCCGUGGAGAAGUUUAUAAGUCCAGGAGACGUUAAGGAGACAGGUUGCUUACUGCCAAAAUGGACUUUGAUCCGGAGAGGGGAGAGGAGCAGGUGCAGGAGGACAAGGUGAAGACGCUGCAGUCUCAGGUGGACGGGGUGAAGGACAUCAUGACGCAGAAUGUGGACCGUAUCCUGGCCAGGGCUGAGAAGCUCGAUGACCUCAUGGGCAAGUCAGAGGACCUGCAAGCUGGGGCACAAAACUUCAAGCAGACGUCCCAGAAGGUGGCCCGCAAAUACUGGUGGAAGAAUGUGAAGCUGAUAGUUCUGAUAGUGGUCAUCGUCCUAAUCAUCGUCCUCGUUAUCAUCCUCCUGGCCACCGGAGUCAUCCCCACCAGCUCCCCUGUGGGACCUGUAACACCAACCAUCCCGCCCACUAAGCCCUAACCACACACAGUGUCUCUUUCUCAAACACACACACACAGAACAACAAAAUACACAGAUAUUCACCUAUACACAAAUACUGUACAUGCAUCAAUCAGUGGCACCAUCACAAUUGAGUUGGCGCAGGCUAUCUCGUUGAGAAGGUCAGCAGUCUAACUUGACUAGGUACAGUUGUCCACAGUUGCACUAUAAAUCAAAUGUGUUUUUACAAUGAAUUCUGAUCUUUGUGAUGUGUGCUCGGUUUGAUGAAUAACCUACAUUUGUGAAUAACUUAUUUGCACAUUUGCCCAAUAAUGUAUAACUGCCCCUAGUCUUGUACAGAUAAAAAAAAUAUUAUAUAUUUUACCCCAUACACCAACUCUCAUUGAUAAUGACAGAAACACUUUCACUGAGUCACUAAACUGUUUCAUGAGUCUCGUAUAAUUUCCCUGCCUUGGAGUCAAAACAUAGAUAUGUGUGCAGUGUAAAUAUUGUCAAAUUUCAAGCCCAUUCCUUUUGAAAACCCAAUCAAAUUUAAUUGAUGGUUGCAUGCAUGGGCUUCACAGUUCAUUUUAUCAGUGAAUGCAGAUGAAGUGAUUAAACAGCGUUUCUUUUCUUUUUUUUUUCUUCACAUUUUUUAGCGAGAGGCACUGAGUAAGCCUACUUACAUGGAGCUCUGUGAGAAUUUUGAAGCAAUUUGUGUAUAUUGUUUUCAGAGGUUGAUGUGCUUGGAGGUAUUGUAUGUAUGUUGAGAUGCAGGCUCUUCUGUGAAGGACACUCAGUCGAAGCCUCCAAACGAUGAAGGAACAGGAAAAUUGGUGAGACAUGAUGACUUGUCGAAUAUUUACUUAUUUUUUCUUUUCAUUAGAUAAGUAUUUUACCAUUUUGAACGAUGUCAGGUAUUGGGGACAGGGUGUGUAGGAGACUAAAAGUUCGUAGAUACCUUUCAGCCUUCAAUUCCUCCUGCCUUUUCACUGAACUAUGCCCUUCCCAAAAUCAAUGCCAAAGCACAUCAUCCCUGCUAGAGACCAUGUUUACAGAACUCGUAGGCUUUUUAAUCCAUUUGGCAGAGUGAACAAGCCCUUUAGUGAGAAUACUGUACAUUUGAAGGGUUACAUUUCUAGUUUUAGACUCUUUUACAAGCUUACAGCACCCUCUGGUGGCCAUGUUCCAUGUUGCUCUUGCAACUGAUAGAAAAAAAAUUGGUCAUAAAAGUAGCUGUAACUGUCAGAUCAAUUAACUAGUACAUGUUAAACCAUUUUACGGCAUAUGUUUCCAUUCCAAUCAUAUUUGCCUAUGUAAUUAAGUAAAUGCAGUUUGUUAGGGAAUUAUAUAUCUAUUGCCACUGUUACGAACAUCUUUUGAGAUACGUUAUGUAUAUAGUUAUAAUUUACAAUAGUUGAAGUUGACUCCUAUUUACUAAAUAUAACAGCUGUAAACUCAACCCCCCAUACCCACAAUCGCAUCAAUAAUGUAAAGUUAUAUUCUUUAGAGGCUAUCUUUUUAGCCAUAUAGAUGAGCACAGUUUUUAAUCACAUUACAAAUGAAGGAUUGUUUUUAGAACAAGCAAUGAGUUAUUCAUUUGUUUCUUGAUUGCUUUAUAUGUGAUGCACUCAUGUGUUACUUAUUUGGCUCUGUUGUAUUUUGCCUUGAUCAUUUGAAUGGCCUGAAACAGUGAUGAAUUUGAGACAAUUAAAUUAAAGAUGCAGACUGCUUUU